UUUUUUCUUCCAUCUCGCAAAUACAAACAAUUAAAGACAGCACAUCAAAUACAACAAUAUUUUCGUUACCCCUUUUGUUUAAACAACAUACCGACAACGACCAAAUACACGGACGGACACCGACGACAACAAACAGCAACAAAAAUAGUUAUAGCAAAAUUCAAAGCAGCCACCGCCAAGGACAAUUAAUUCGAAGUGAAGUGCAUUAAAAAUCAACACACACACACUAAAGUACAAAAGUAAACAGCAACAAUAAUAAAAUAAAUUACACACUCUUAUUAAACAAAUUGACAAGAUUACUGCAGCCACAUCUCUUGUGUAUGUGUAAACGAAAACAAAAAAAAAAAACAAAAACGAAAGUACGCGCAAGUAUUAAAGUGCAAGUGUGAAGGAAAGCGAGGGAAGAGGCGAACAAAUUAAAUUUAAAUUGCAAAACAAUAAAAAUUAGCAUUUAGAAUGGCAGUCAACAAUAUGCGACAAAUACCGCUGACCUGUAGUGGACAUACGCGUCCUGUUGUGCAUUUGGAUUUCAGUGAUAUAUGCGACAGCGGCUAUUUUCUUAUAUCGGCUUGCAAAGAUGGCAACCCAAUGUUGCGCCAUGGCGACACCGGCGAUUGGGUGGGCACCUUCGAGGGUCACAAGGGCGCCGUUUGGGGCGUUGCACUCAAUUCAAAUGCAACGCUGGCCGCUUCGGGCGCAGCAGAUUUUACGGGCAAGGUUUGGAAUGCAGUGAGCGGCGCAGAGAUUCACAGCUUUCAGCACAAGCAUAUUGUGAAGAGUGUGUCGUUCGACCACAGCUCGGAGAACAUUGUGACGGGCAGCAAUGAGAAGCUGGUGCGUGUAUUCAAUCUGGAACAACCUGAGGCGGAACCGGAAGUCUAUUGUGGCCAUGCUGGUGCCAUUAAGCGUGCGCUAUUCUGUCGGGAUGACAAGUGCAUCAUCUCGGCGGCGGAUGACAAGACGGUGCGAUUGUGGGAUCGCAUGACUGGAAUUGAGGUGCAGCGUAUGCAAUUCCCUAACAAUCCCAACAGCCUGGAGAUCUCGCAUGAUAAUCAUAUACUUACCAUAACACAUGGCUCGACCAUUAGUUUCUGGGAGAUAGACACGCUCAAGAAACUCAAGGAGAUAAAAGUGCCGACGAACGUGGCGUCGGCUAGUUUGCAUCCGGAUAAACAUGUCUUUGUCUGCGGCGGCGAGGACUUUAAAAUGUACAAAUUUGAUUAUAUAACUGGUAACGAAAUUGAAUCCUUCAAGGGCCACUUUGGCCCAGUGCAUUCGGUAAAGUUCAGCCCUGAUGGCGAGCUCUAUGCCAGCGGCUCUGAGGAUGGCACGCUGCGCCUGUGGCAAACCACUGUGGGCAAAACCUAUGGACUUUGGAAAUGCACCGAGCCCAAUGAACUAAGCAACUCGAUAAGUUCGCCACGCGAGGUGCCGGCAAACUGAUGUUGGAGAAGCUCAAGUCGCUACUAUAUGGAGCAAUUGUCGCAAACGCAUAGAAUGUGAAAUCAACUGAAGAAGAAAACAAAAGAACAUUAAACUCAAUCACACUUGUAAUUAUAUUUCUCAAAAAAUGUCUACAGUAACGAUAUUUUCGAUUCCAGCGAUUGGCAUUACAAAAUAUUUAUACACUCGCACACAAACAUUGAAGCAAGUACACGUUUGGAUGUAUUGGUGUGGUAUACAAUAGAAAUAAAUAACUUAAGUUUCUCAAAA